UUUGCCGAAUUUCUGCCCUGGGGGCUCCUGAGGCUGUUGACAGACUUUUCGUGUGAAGUCACGAGCGCGUUUAAGCUUAAAAGAAGUGUUCCUUUUCGGCAUCUUCCAUCAUGUCGCUGUUGUACCGUUUACUUCUUUGCUCAUACAUUUGCUUGUGCGUCUGUUCUGCUCAUCAGACAUUUAAUGAAGUCCCAAACUCAGUAUGGCCCGUUCCCGCCUCCAUUUCUGUAUCGGGGCCACCUCUUCCCAUCUCUCCAACUUUCGUUUUCAAGACUACCUCAACCUCAGGCGUUCUCAAACGAGGAAUAACACGAUACCUGGAAAUAAUACUGCAGCAAGUUGGAGAUAGCAAGAUGGCACAUCUUCGAGGAAGCAGUGAAAGUUUGAAUGAGCUUGUUUUGGAAGUCCGCAGCGACAAUGAAGGUCUGCAUGUGGACACAUCGUACUGGUAUAUGUUGAAAGUAAGCGACGGUCAGGGGCACAUUGAGGCCAAAACACCGUAUGGUGCAUUAUAUGGAAUGGAAACAUUUACUCAACUAAUUGAGAAUGGCAGUUUAAUAAAUAACAUAGUGAAUAUUGAUGAUGAACCAUGCUUUGUACACAGAGGUCUAAUGUUAGAUGCUGGACGGAGGUAUUUUCCUCUUGAGCUUCUGUACAACAUCCUGGAUGGCAUGAGCUCUGUUAAGCUAAAUGUGUUUCAUUUUCACUUUGUGGACUUUUGCCGAUUCAGUGUUGAGAGUAAACUAUAUCCAGCAUUACAAAAUAAUCAAAGUCAAUUUUACUCCCAAGAACAAGUCAGAUCGUUAAUAUUGUAUGCUGCUGACAGAGGAAUAAGGGUCAUCCCUGAAGUAGAAUCAGCAUUCCAUGUCCUUGGAAUGGUAGGUCUUAAAAACAAGACCAAAGGGUUGCGAUUCUGCAAUAGCUCAGGAUUUCUUGAGCUCUAUAAUGAUCCAGAGGGAGUUACAGUCAGUACAAUGAAAGGUAUUCUUGAAGAAAUGAUGACCUUGUUUCCUGAUCAGUACUUUCAUCUUGGCUUAGAUGAAGUGAUAACUACUUCUGUGUGUACUAUGGAAAAAACUAGAGACCUUGAACGAGAACUAUUGGAAUUUGUUUUGCAAAAGGGCAAAAUACCAUAUGCUUGGCAGGAGGCACUAUUAUCAACUUCUGCUGCAGUGAAUGGUACAGUACUACAGGCAUGGAAAGAUGUAGAAGUGAAAACUCUUAUUGAUAAAGGAUUUCAAGUUGUAAACUCACUGAUAGACCACUUCUACUUGAACAAGUACGAGCUCAAUAUAAGUGUGUUAUGGACUGACAUCUCAGCAGGGUUAAAUCCAGAUGAGCAGACAUGGCUUCUUGGUGGUGAGAUGGCAUAUUGGACUGGUGAAUACUGCUUUGUUGAUCAGUGCUGUUUGUACAAAAGAGCUAAACCUUCUGCAUGGUGGAUGUACGGACCAGAGGCUGAUUCACAAUUUACUGAAUCAGCCAGUGGAAUGAUUUGGCCACGGGCUAUUGUUGGUGCUGGUUCAUUCUGGAACUAUCAGUCAGGAUUGAAACCUGAAAGCCAAGAGUUCCAGCGUAGGUUAAAUAGUCAACACGUGAGAAUGACUAAACGUGGCAUCUUAACCUGUCCGCUGGGCUGUAAGUGUGACUACUUGACCAGAUGUGGUGAGCCAUACCCACAUCCUUAAUUUCAGGCAGAUUGGCCGCAAAGAAUUUCUUAAGUCAUCAUGCUAAGUUAGAUGUUUACCCCUGGUAACAGGUGUAAUAGUUUUCAUGGAAUAAAAAGUGUAUUCAAUAAGACCUGGUACCCACCCAAGUUCUGGCAGGUACUUGGUUUUGGAUUAUGUAAUGAUAAAUAUAUUGCAGUUAGCUGUUUUUAAAAAUUAGCUCUUUAGAGAGGAAGUUGUUUUGGACCUCUUUAAUUGCCCUUUGUUGGGUGCUGCAAAAGGGCAGUGACCUAUGUCAAAUCUCAUUGAAAGCCUUGGAUAAAAAAGAAGUUAUGAGAAACUUGAUAUAUAUUUCACAUCAGGUUUAUUGUUACAAUAAUUUAAUUAGUAUUGAAUAAUAUCCCCUCAAAAAUAGAGUUCUGUUGUAAUGCAACACAACUUGAAUGGACCCAAUAAUGUACGAUUAAUGUCAUGUCAGUGGACGAAAAACGACCAGGGAAAUAAAUCUUUUGUAUCAAACACACCAGCAAUAUGCAGUUCCAGAAAAUAUCCACACUCCCCCCACAGAAGGGAUUGGAAUUUCCUGGGGCGUGGGGGUACUGUAAGACCAAAAGGUUUAAAGAAAUGCAUGAAGCUUAAUUGUAAUUUCCAGAGGGGGNGGGGGGGGGUCCUUGAAAAAAUCCCUUCUUUGAGGGAGAUAUGGAUAUUUUCUGGAACUGCACGAUAUUUGUUAACAAAAUAAAGUUUAUACACAUAUUACGAUAAUUUGAAAUCAAUAACUUAUCAUUGGCGGUGAAAGAUAAUGACUUCUGUGUAUCAAAUAUUUAAUAACAAGUCUACAAAACCAGGUUUCCUAUAUGCAAAUAUUAAGUGAGACACAGUCAAGUUGACUAUGUGGCACUCAUAGAAACAAGGUUGGGAAGUUUAAUUGUUUCAGUAGAUAUUAUUAGUAAUAAAUAGCAGUCAAUUACCUAUUAAAGUAUUAGGGGUUUUUAAGCCCAAAAAAGACAAAUCAUUUUCCCUUUAAGACUAGGUCUAAUGAUGUAGUUGUGCUAUACAUUGUAUUAAACAAUUAGAUUAUCAGCUUGAGAUUUCUGUUGCAUGGUAGUUGACGAGGGUGCAACCCAAGUCAACUAUUACACAUAGAAAUUGAGGGUAAAUAAUCUAAUUGUUUUAGUAUAAAUCUACCAGUCGUUCAAAACUUUAUCUAAAUCCUCUUCACAGACAC